UAGAAACAUGUAGACGCUGACAACCCCGCCUAAGAAUGCGACCCCAAAGAAAGACAUCAUGUUUGUCAAGACUGAUGAAGUAGGUCUAAAAGGGAGACUGGUUGCCGAUGAAGAAGUGUAGGGUUGGGAAAGAGUCGGUUUAUUGUUGGUGGCUCUUGUUGGUCCUUUUAUUGGUUAGCACCAUAGUGGCAACCAAUAGGAGAUCUACGUCAACAACGAGUGUGAAAGGGGGUACAUUUAGCCGAUUAUAUUACUUAUCACAUAUAUUGAGGCAACCCUACAUAAGACAUAAGGAGGAGGCAGGCUGUGUUGAAAUUAGACGCAGGUUAUGGGGUAUGUAUUCAUUAUAUUGUCAUACUAUGUACCUACUGGAAGGGUGUGGUGCGUACCUAAUUACCACCCACCUGAUUUUAGCUCUGCCGCCGUCGCGAGCCCGUCUAAUUAUCUCUGUGGAGGUAGGGCAAUAGACGUUAAAUAUACUACUACCCACCUGAUUUAUUAGCCCCAGCCCCACAUAUUUCAGCAGGCUGGAUAUCAAAUGUCUUGGCACACUACCUAAUCAUUGAAGAUGAGCCAGUGUCCUGAUUUGAAUUCAUGUUACACAAAGAC